AUGGCGCUAGAAGACUCCACCUUCUCUUCCCGUCCAGAGUCACUUUCUCUGCCGGUCCCAGAGAAAGGGGAGGAGCCUGUGCAAGAGGCCAAAGAAGAUGCCCCACCCACCGGUGUAUUUAACGUAUCCGAGGAGCUUGGGCAUGUGGUUACCACAGAGACGUCAACACCCCCACAGCCAUCCACCAAUAACAACAUGUCCUUCCAGGACAAGAUGGCCGCGCGGGAGGCACAAGCCAAUCAGCACCGGAAGAAGCUGCAGGGGGUGGGGCAGGAGCGGGGAAAGUUUGGCUGGGCGCGUAGUAAGCGUAAGCGGCAGCGCUACGUGGAGAAGAAUGGCCGCUGUAACGUGCAGCAUGGUAACAUGCGGGAAACGUACCGCUACCUGACAGACAUUUUCACCACGCUGGUGGACCUGAACUGGCGCUGCUCACUCUUCGUCUUCGUCAUGGCCUACGCCGUCACUUGGCUCUUCUUUGGAGCUAUCUGGUACCUUAUUGCAUACUGCAGGGGUGAUCUGGACCAUUUAGAGGACGAGACAUGGACUCCGUGUGUGAAUAAUGUUAACGGGUUCAUCUCUGCAUUCCUGUUCUCCAUCGAGACUGAGACCACCAUUGGCUAUGGCCAUCGUGUCAUCACUGACCAGUGUCCAGUGGGCACAAUGCUUUUGCUGCUGCAAGCAAUACUCGGCUCUAUGGUCAAUGCCUUUAUGGUGGGAUGCAUGUUUGUGAAGAUCUCUCAGCCAAACAAGCGGGCAGAGACGCUGGUGUUUUCCCGGAAUGCGGUCAUCUCUCUGCGGGAUGAUAAGCUGUGUCUGAUGUUCCGAGUCGGGGAUUUAAGAUCUUCACACAUUGUGGGAGCCAACAUGAGAGCCAAACUCAUCAAAUCCAAACAGACUCAAGAGGGUGAAUUUAUACCUCUGGAUCAGACGGACAUUAGCGUGGGCUUUGAGACAGGGGAUGAUCGUCUGUUUCUGGUGUCACCGCUGGUCAUCUCUCAUGAGAUUGAUUCCCGCUCCCCAUUCUGGGACAUGUCCCAGACUCAAUUGGAGAAAGAAGACUUUGAGAUAGUCGUUAUUCUGGAGGGCAUGGUGGAGGCUACGGGUAUGACAUGUCAGGCACGAAGCUCCUACUUGGCAGAGGAAGUCUUGUGGGGUCACAGGUUCAGCCCGAUGAUGUCCCUAGCUGAAGGAUUCUUUGAUGUGGACUAUGGAGCCUUCCAUCACACCUUUGAGGUGGACACACCUUCUUGCUCUGCACGAGAGCUGGCUUUGGCUGCUGCCCGUCGGGAAGCUCACCUCUACUGGUCGAUCUCCAGUCGGCUGGAUGAGGAGAAAUGGGAGGGUCCUAAUCUGACUGAGCAAUCAAGAAAGCCUACGGAUUCUGAAUCUGUCAGUGAAAAAAAAGAAGGAGACGGGCCAACUUUUAUUGUGGGUGGAGUCACAGAUACCCAGGACCAGUCAGUUGUAGGGGAACAGAAUGGCAGCAUCACCACAGACCAGUCCGAAUCCGAAGCUUAAAGGGAGAGAAAGUGAGAACGGAAUUUUUUUAGGGUUAGAAAGAGAUAACAAUACUAUAUUACACUUAGAUUCGAUUGUGAAACAAUCCAUGCCUUCUUCUUCAAGUUUAGCCAUUUAGUCGCUAAUGUAUAGCAUAGAAUACUCUUCCCCAACGGGGAAAUCUUAGUCAUUUAUUGCUCUUUUGGUUUAUUGGAUUUGAUAUCAGACAUCUGAAACGAUACUGCCUUCAAAUUCUGGUAGGGUGUUUUCACAUAUGAAAUUCAGUUCCCUGGUGCAGUUCUUCACACACUGUUCACGAAAAUUACACAGGGUACGUUUUGUUUUUGCUGUCCAUAAGUUAUAUUUUUAACUUGGUUGUAGUUGGUGGAAGUUCCAUGAACCUUAUUGCAACUUCAUAAACCUUUGGUACACUGGUGCAGGUCCUGAACCAGUGUCAUCAGCUUUUACCAGCAUUUCUUUAGGGUUUAUUUGUUGUAGCCAUAUAUUUGUCAGUACAGGGUCUCAAAUGCAUCCUGAAAUGGAUCAAACCGGCAUAUGUAAAAGCACCCUAAUUAGCUCUUGUUCAGUGGUAUAAAUCGUACCGUCUUUGUCUCUGUGUUAAAAUAACAGUCAGCCUUACAAACAUCUCUUGCGCAAAGUUGACUUUUUUAAGUGUAAAAGGGUUUUAUUACUUAACUUUUAGCAGAAACACUUCUUAAAUAUUGUAUAUACAUAACUGGGAUCAUAAAGAGUAAGUGCUGAUAUAGGGACGGAUUUUGAUUUAAAUGUCUUUAAAGUAUUGUUUAACCAAAAAGAAUUACAGUACUGUGCAAAAGUUUGAUUUCCAGUUAAAACAGCUAUAAGUCAAAUUAUUGAUUUUUCAUUGUCAGAAAAAAGCAAGAAACAUGUAUUUACCAGAAGUAUAAUAUGAAUCUUUCAGUAUUUGAUUUAUCUAGUCUUUACUUUUAUGCACUCUACUGCCACUUUAACUAUUCCAUCCUUCCAUUGUGAAAACUACAAGUUACAAUUGUUGCUUCAGAUCUGAAAAACCCACAGAUGUUUCCAUUCAUCCUUUCACUGUGAGCAGACAACUCAAUGCUGUAGCUCUGAGUGUGGCUGUCAAAAACUCUUACGAAAAAAGGGAAAAGACAAAGGAUAUUUGUACUAGAACAGUGAAACUAGACAUUUAAGAUGUGGAGUAAGGUUCUAUGGGCUGAUGAGUCAGUAUGGAUGCUGUCUAAGCAAUGGCAGACUCUUCAAACCAUGUCUAAUCACCAUCAGUCAAUCAUAGAGGUUGAUCAGAGCAGGUUUGGGGACAACACCUUAACAACAUCUGGAGUUUGUAAUUUGUUUUUGAUCGAAAGCAUCAUGAAUGCUGAAAAGUACAAGCCAAGUUUAAUACAACAUGCAAGACCUUCCCAGUUGAUUGGGAAGUUGUUCAUUUUAUACAUAAAGAUGUACUCAUCAAAUAAAGAAGCUGCUGAUGUUCUCAGAAUAAUGGAAUGACCACCUCAGAGUCCAGAUCUCAACAUUGCUGAAUGUGUUUGGAAUUAAUUGGAUUGUAAGAAACAAAACUUGCAACCAACUUCUAAGACUGAACUUGGGAAAUGUUGACAAAUAUCCCUGCAGAUUUCUUGAUUGGAAGAAUGGAAGCUGUAAUAAAGGCACACGGUGGGCACACCAAAUACUGAAAAAUUCUAUAGUAUAUUCAAUUGUAGCUUCUGUGUAAUCUUCUGUUCCGUUUCUGCCUUUUUUUGUGAUGCUGAAAAUGAGUGGCAUGUAUUGAAUGGCUGUUUUGAUUAGAAAUGAAAUAAAUCAAAGGGUGGUUUCUGACUUUUGCGCAGUACUGUAUGUGGGCAGGCUGCUGUGAUGACACUGGAACAGUUUCCACUAUGAGAGGAAGCCCCACUGCCAUGGGCCACAGGACAGUUGUCAAACUCAGUUAGGAAUCAGUUGGCAAUCAUAGGAUUUGCCAAGGAACUGUUGCACAGCUCAAUUGUUCCAGCACUAUCCUAUGGAAGGAAAAGUUUCAAAUAUAGCAGGCUAUAACUAGAGCCUAGUUGUGUUGUGGUGUUGCUGGUGCCUUUUUAGAAUUUCUUGGGCUCAGGGGGAGUUAGACCCCUAUGAGUUAAGCACACUUAUAUAGCCAUAAUGUAUACUAACCACAGUAUAGCAACAAUAGCUCGUUCACAGCAUAGGCAAGUUGGGGCAUAACUGGUUUGUGGUACUGAUACCCUGAUCUAGAGGCCAAGUUGUCAAGACAGCUAAAUUAUAUAUAUAGAACAAAAAAAAUAAUGCAUUGAAUUCACUGGAUUCAAAAGUGUACAUCAGUUUGACAUGAAUAAAAUAUAUCACAUCAACAAAACCUUUUAAAAUAGGUUCCCUUCAGGGCAGGCAUCUGAUGAUGUAUCAGUUCAGUUGCUACUGGGACUCACUGCUGAAAGUCGAGCUGAAGUUGCAACAAGUGAAUUGAUGUAUAAAUAAAGUACUUGCAUCGUUAGCGUGUUACUAUGGCGACUUUACAUUCCCGUUUGAAGACCCUGUUCCAGUUUACCAUUUAUAGGUAUCUAACUUGGAAACCAGACAGCGCUAAAUUUAGCUGGCUAUAUGUUGCUACUGCCUAGCCACUAGGUCUUGUCUGGAAAUUGUUCAUGUACCAUUGCCAGACCAUUAGUCGUCAGUAAGAGAUUGCUUGGAUUAAGGAUUAAAAUGGAGUCUGGAGCACCAUGACCUCAAACGUUUUAGUGUUUUGCAGUUGUUACAAGAAUCCCAGUUCCAGUCACUGCUUCACUUUUAAGUUACAUCAGCUAUGCGUCCACUUGCUGCUUCGCCUUAUUUUAAUUGAGAGCUCUACUACAGCUCUGCGCAGUGCAUGAUGGGUUGUGGUAUGGCAAGAGCAGAAUUCAGCUUUAUGCAAAUGAGUGCAGCCGCCGCAUUUAGCCAAUCAGGCAAGAGUAGGCCAGACUUCAUCAGAAACAGCAAACAAAACUUUCUUUCUUAUCUUUUAAUCCAUGACAGUUUAGCAUAAUAAUGAAACAUUUGAUAAAAAAAAAAUUAAUAAACAGUUAUAACAUAUUAAUAGAAGCUUAAUAGCUUAAUUAAUCAGCGAGAUCUGAGGCUUAUUAGUAUAGAAGAAUGUAGUUUCACUAUUUGGCAAACAACAGGUCAGCGUUGCCCUUUAUAUUCAUGUGUUGUAACUAUUUUUUAAUUAAUGACUUUUAUGUGCCUGAGACGUAAUUAAUAAUAACAUUAAUUUAAAAAAUCUAACCAUUCACAAACCUUUUUUAAAAGUAUUCUUAUUUUAAAGUGCUACUGUCUGUAUUUCAGUCUCAUUGUAGGCUUUUGUAUGAAGCCCUAUUGGUGACACAUGGCCAUGAUGUAUUCUAACGUGUAGGAACGAGACCUUAAUGUGUGGCCACAACUUAGUAAAGCAUGGGAACGAGAUCAUGCCUUAUUAAGCUGUGGUCAAGACUUAAUUAUCUCAUUCCCACGCCUUACUAAGUUGUGGCCAUGCCUUAGGAUCUUGUUCACACUUCACUAAAUCACGGCCAUAACUUAAUUAUCUCGUUUCCACAGUUUACUAAGUUGUGGCCUCACACUGUUUUUAUUUAUACAGGAUGCCACCAGCUGGGCUCUGUAUUCCAACUACCACAUUUGUUUAAUACACUUCCUACAACAUACAAUUGGCCACCAUCUCACGGUGGUGGUGAGCGGAGAGAUCCAGUGCAAUGAAAUGCGAUGAGAUGAAGUGCAAGUGGACACAUAGGGACAGAGCAGGGUAAACAAACAGUGCGGUGCUGCAGCUUUCCAAGAUUUAGCUUUUCAGAUUUAGUAUUCAUCAUGUUGUUUGUCUAAUUCUGUCUGCCACUUUGAAGGUACUUUGCUCUUUAAUCUGUAGGAUUCAGUUAAAGCCCCAAAUCACAUUUUGUCAUUUCCCUAUUUUGUGUGUAAAUGUAUGCUUGGGUUACUAUAAAUAAAAUAAAAAACUUGCAGAAUGAGUGCUAUAAUGGACCGUUUUAAGUGGCAGCAGUGCUAUAAGACCACAUCCAUCGAAACCAAGACAUAAUACUCUGUAGAUUUAUUGUGUUUAUUUGCCUCAUUUGGUCCCGGAAUCAAGUCCUGAGGCAGUCGUAGAUGUUUUCAGUUAAACACAUACUCAGGAUAUGGCAUAGACUAGGUUAAAAGCCAUUCUUUAUCCUGUAGAGGAUAAAGAAUAAAAUAGUAUGCAAAAGUUUGGGUGCCCCAGGUCUAUGUUUUGUUUUUCUAAGUGAAAAAAAAUAAGUGAAGCAAAGUAAAAAGUGAAGUAAAUAGGUUAAAACAUACCGCUUUACUUUCACAUAGAAGAACAACAGAGCAUCAUUUGAACAGGCGUAUGACUAAAUAUCUCCAACUCUCUUAUUUUGUCUUAGCUAAUAGGUCAAUAUUGCGUUUAUUUAGGAGAUGGAGCAUGAUAGCUUAGUUAUAGAUCUGUGGUAUAGUAAAAAUAGGCAUUAGUAAGUGUUUCAAAAUGGACAAAAAAAGGAAAACGCACACAUUUGCUAAAGUAGCUUACAACAAAAAGUUCAUUGAAAUUUCUUUCAGAAACAGUCUUGGAAUUUGAGUGCCAAGUGGUAGUGUCUCUUCAGGUAACACAGACCUUUAUGAAUGUUGAUUGCUUUAAGGUACAUACAUUGAAUUCCAUGCCACUGUGUGGAAUUUAUGUUAAAAACUAACUUUUGAAGUAUGAACGCUUAGCUAAAGUCUGACCGUAUGUUAAAGUACCUGUUCUCCAAUUAAAACUACAGAGUGCUAGAAAAUGUUCUAAUGCUUGAUUCUUGUAGUGAGCAUCAGCCUGAUAUUGAGUCUGCAUAUAUAGAAUUAAAUAGAUUUGUAAAUUAAGUUUGGGAGAAAAUCUAUGCCUGAAAGUCUUCCCCAAAAAUGUCCAUGACCACUUUUUUGUUCCGUGACAGCAUUUUCAAAUUCCACCACUAGGGGUGGACAAUAUGACAAAACUAUCAAAAAUAUAAUUUUGCAUAUUGUAUAUCAUGAAAAUGUCUUCAAGCAUUGUGAUGCUCUGUUUUGCCAAGUUGCCCAUUCUUACUAAUACACCUUUCAGGCCUUCUAGAAGCUAAAAGCACCUAGAACUCCCAAGAGAAAGCCCAAAUUUCCUUCCCCUUUUACAGUGUGGCAACGAUGUUGAAAACAUAAUAUUCAGCUACAUCUAUUGAGGGCCUUGGCUAAAUCUUUUUGCAAUGAAAAUUCAGUGGGUCACAGCUUUUAAAUCCUGGAGAUAUCUGUGGUAGGUUCAGAAAAGUUUGAUGGAAUAUAUUGUGUUGAUAUCAUGUUGUCAUCCUGCCCACCCAUACUAUCACCAUAAAUAGAAAAGGUGGUCUACAAAUGAACACUGAAUGUUAUGCAAGACAGUCCAAAAGCAGGGUACAGUAGUCUUAGUCUUAGUUUCUAGAAUAUUCUCCUAGGCUGCAAUGGCAUUUGUAUUGAUGCCAUUCGCAACACAAACUCAGUACAAACUAAUACUCCUUUCUUGAAUGUUAUAUAUAAUAGAUCUGCUUUCAUUGUCUCUAUGCACCAUUUUGGUGUUUGGAAAUCUGUAAGUCUGCUUCGGUAUUCUAUGAUUUCAUAUACCAUUAAUGAAGUCUUUCUAUAUUCCCUUUAUGUCAUGUUCAUGUGCUGAUUCGACUUCGUAGAGGCUGCCCUCUUUGAACACACCCCAUGGAGAGAAGGCCUGUAAGGAUGCGAAAAAGCCUGCAGUUUGCUCACUCUUUCUCUCUCUUUGAAAUCGUGGUGUGUGUUGUGUUGUAUGCGGUCUGUAGCACAUGCAAAUCUUUUUUGCACAUAAAAGUAUGAAAAGCACAACCCCCCCACCUCACUUUCGGACAUUUUUCCUCUCGCUUUUGCUGCUCUAGGCAUUUUUAAAUCAGUGUUUUUAAUCUGUACGAUUACCUGUAUUAGAAAUGACAAUAAAACUAUAUUCAACAGUAACAUUUGGAAUGUUUUACGUGGUAACAUAUAAACAAGCUGGAAUAUUGUGAAAUAUACUGUUAAAUAUAUUUGAUAAAAGAUAA